CUGGCACAUCUCUGCCUUCUGGCACUGCCUGCGGCACCGGGGAUGGCAGCACGAGCCCCAUGGAACACUGCCAGUCUCCUUACCUCUGCUCCCGGUAUUUCUAGGCGUUGGAGCCAGGAGAAGGGCUGUCAGGAGUAGCAGUGAGGGCGGCUCAUGGGGUGCAGGCUUCCAGGUCUGGAAAACUGGAAGGUUUCCCCUCACCGCAAGCGGGACAGAACCGAAACGGGCUGAAAGCUUUGGCUCCGCUCCUCAGACAUCUCCCAGCCGCUCCGCGGCAGAGCCCCUCCGCCCCUCCCUGCCUCCUGCUCCCUCCAGGCAGUCCCAGCACCCAAAAUAGCCGAGGGGCUGCGUGUCCCCGGUGCCCGGCUCAGGGUGUCCCGAGUGGGCUGGGGGGAGGCGCCGAGGGAGUGGCGGAAGCCGCCCCGCCGGGGCUGCCUUCGGCACAUCCUCCCCGUGCCCCGGGGGAAAGUCCAGGGCCCUGCAGUCCCAGGCCGGGCUCAGCAGGAGCGGAGAGGUGAGGGGAGCCGCAGCCCGUGCCAGAGGCUGGCACCGGCGCCUCCGGGCACUGCCACCGGCCGCCACCCGCUGCCACCCCGGGCAGGGCCGCCGCGGUGCCCCAUGGCUACGGAGGCUGUCUCCACGUGGCCCGGCAAUGGCAGUGGGGCUCCUUGCCCCGUGGAUUCCGCCUUCGCCCAGCGCUUCCUGCCCUCCGUGUACCUGACCGUGAUCCCCCUGGGGCUGCUGGGGAACGGGCUGGGGCUGUGGCACCUCUUCACAGGGCCCCGGGAGACCGCCCGCCAGCCCCUCAGCCUGCUGGUGGGCAACCUGGGGCUGGCUGACCUGCUCUACGUCAGCACACUGCCAUUCCUCGUCAGCUACUACCUGCGAGGCAGAAGGUGGCUCUUCGGGCAGGCCUGGUGCCGCCUCACCCGCAGCCUCUUCCACCUCAACCUCUACGCCAGCAUCGGCUUCCUCACCUGCAUCAGCAUCCACCGCUACCUGGGCAUCGUGCACCCGCUGAAGGCACGGGGCAGGUGCCAGGGUGCAGCCUCUUCGGUGUGGCUCAGCGUGGUGGUCUGGGUGUGGGUCAUUGCCCAGAUAGCUCCUGAUCUUGCCUUCAGCAAGAUGGAUCACAGCGGGAUGCACUGCCACGACACGACAGGAGAUGAGCACCUGGAUGUUUACCUGCCCUACACCUUUGCUGUCACCGUGACUGGGUUCAUCAUCCCGUUCCUCAUCAUCGUCGGGUGCUACUGCCACGUGGUGUUUGUGCUCUGCAGGAAUGACAGCGUGGACCCCAGCCUCAGGAGGAAGAGCAUCGGACUGGUGAUUCUCGUGAUGGUUCUCUUUUCCAUCUGCUUCCUCCCCUACCACAUCUUCAGGAACCUCAACUUGUUGUUUCGUCGCUGGAAACUGCAAGGGUCCUGCACACAGGCUCUAAAGGAUGUCUACAUUUCCUACCAGGUGACUCGGGGCCUGGCCAGCCUCAACAGUGCCCUCAACCCCCUGCUCUACGUGAUUACUAGCAAAGACUGGAGGUCACGAAUGAGAACCAUCCACCAAAGCGCCAGACGGUGUCUGAGGCCACCCUUCCAGAGCAAAACCUCUUACCAGGCAUCUGAGAAGAAGAGGAGCACCAUUCUUUGUAAGGGGGAGGCUUCUGACGAGCUCUGAAGUACCUGAUACCCCUGCUUCUGCCAUGCCAGCUUGUGCUUGGCCCUUCCCUGGGUGCAGCCCCCCGCCUUGGUACCUGCUUUGCAGAGAUGGUGACAGCAGCAUCACGGGCUCCAUCCACACAAGGGAUAGACAGGACUGCCAGCAUCAGAGAGAAAACUGGGACCAGACUUUACAAGCAAAGCUGCCCAACCCAACCAUUUUGCCUACAGUAUGCCUGGAGAUGGAAAGAGGUGAACAUCAGGUUUGCUCCAGUACAAAGUAUUUCCCUCCAGCCUCUCAUGCAGCAGUCUGAGCUGGUUAACAUCCCCUUGCUUCCCAGCUCCUCUGUGACUGAGGGAUGGGAGGGACUGACCCCUUGUCCCUCCACUGCAUCCUCUCUACCCUAGUGCACAUGGGUUUGAGGCAUCUCUCACCUAAGGAGAGAUCCUGCAUUGCAGGACAGCUAAGAAGGUGAAUUUUUGCAGGGGGGAAGUGCUUUGGCAAUGGAAAUUUUCAUUAAAAAAUCAGGUUUUAAGUACAUGACUAAGCUGUGCCAGUUCCUGGGUGACUGAGCUGUUUCAAGACGUGUGGGAUCCUCUAUUGCCCACCUCCUCUGCAGAAGGAAAAGACAUUUUUGGCAUUACUCCCUCUCUUUUGGAAGAGCACUUAGCAGAACUAACAAAUGGGCAUUGUAAAGUUUUUGGAGGCUAAUGGUUGGGGUUUUAUUUUGGAAGGUGAAUGACUGCAGUAGCCUGAACUCCUGCUUUUGGGGGGCAAAUGCCAAGAGAGUUUGCAAAUCUUCAGGUGGGUGCUUGCAUCUUGCAUCCAUCCUUGCGAGGGCAUUUGAUAUGACUUGUUAAAUUAGAUGUGCAAAAAGUAAAAGAGAAACAGCACUGGCUUGAAGGCUUGUGAAAGCAGGAUGUGAUGAUGAGGGCAGCUGUCUGUCAUCACCAGGGGUGACAGAUCUCUGCUUUGAGCAGAGACUCCCAAGCAGUAUUUUGGUUUUUGAUCUUUGUGUUACCCACACAAACAGCUCGAACAUUUCAAUUCAGUAAUGUGAUUUGCAGCAACAGCAGCUUUUGCAGCCCAGCUGAAGGAAGUGGCCUGUGAGUUAAAAUCAGCCCUUUCUUGGAAAGCACUGGCCCAGGGACGGACAUUGUGCUCUUUUCCUGACAUUUGUCUCUGUCAGCUGUUCCUUGCACAGACCCACCUUAGCUGGGCAGCGGAGGGAGCACGCCUGGCUCUCAGCGCUGUUAAUAUAUCUGAAGUGCAAAUAAACACCUCAUGCUUUCA